AUGCCCCCCAAGGAGGACUGGGAGAAGUACGAGCGCAAGCUCACGGACGAGAAGGAGGAGAAGAUUGUCGCCCUCGAUGAGUCCGACAUUCAGAUCCUCAAGACGUAUGGCCAGGGACCCUACUCGCUCGCGUUGAAGAAGAUUGAGGGAGACAUCAAGGACAUCCAGAAGCGUGUCGACGAGAAGAUGGGCAUCAAGGAGUCCGACACUGGACUGGCUGCUACCAAUCUCUGGGAUGUUGCCGCCGACAAGCAGCGUCAGCAGGAGCACCCUCUGCAGGUCGCCCGAUGCCAGACCAUCAUCCGUGCCGCGGGAGCUGGCAACCCCGACGGCGACCGCUACGUCAUUUCGAUCAAGCAGGUGGCCAAGUUCGUCGUCGGUCUCGGAGACCGUGUUUCGCCCACCGACAUUGAGGAGGGAAUGCGUGUUGGUGUUGACAGGACGAACUACAAGAUUCUCAUCCCGCUGCCGCCGAAGAUCGACCCGUCGGUCACCAUGAUGCAGGUCGAGGAGCGCCCGUCGGUCACGUACGCGGAUGUCGGUGGUUGCAAGGAGCAGAUUGAGAAGCUGCGUGAGGUUGUUGAGCUCCCUCUUCUGGAGCGUUUCGCCAACCUCGGUAUCGAGCCGCCCAAGGGUGUUCUUCUCUAUGGUCCUCCUGGUACCGGAAAGACGCUGUGUGCCCGUGCCGUCGCCAACCGAACAGACUCGACCUUCAUUCGUGUCAUUGGUUCUGAGCUCGUGCAGAAGUACAUCGGAGAGGGUGCCCGUAUGGUUCGCGAGCUGUUCGAGAUGGCCCGGUCAAAGAAGGCGUGUAUCAUCUUCUUCGAUGAGGUCGACGCUAUCGGUGGAGCCCGUUUCGACGACGGUGCUGGUGGUGACAACGAGGUCCAGCGAACCAUGCUGGAGCUCAUCAACCAGCUGGACGGAUUCGACGCUCGUGGAAACAUCAAGGUCAUCAUGGCCACCAACCGUCCCGAUACUCUCGACCCCGCCCUUCUCCGUCCUGGACGACUCGACCGUAAGGUUGAGUUCAGUCUUCCGGACGUUGAGGGACGUGCCCACAUUCUGAAGAUUCACGGAAAGAGCAUGAGCGUUGAGCGCGACAUUCGUUACGACCUGAUUGCUCGUCUCUGCCCGAAUGCCACCGGAGCUGAGCUGAAGGCCGUUGCCACUGAGGCCGGCAUGUUUGCCAUUCGUGCUCGUCGCAAGGUCGCCACGGAACGUGACUUCCUGGACGCUGUGGAGAAGGUUAUUAGACAGGGCAACAAGUUCUCGAGUACCGCACUGACCCGAAACUCUGCACCGUUUGGUGUAGCGAAACGCCCUUGCGACCACUCUCCCCGGUGCACGCCUCUGUCUGGUCUUCGAGUUCUCUUCUUCUUCGACAACCCUCAAAAAAACAGCGCAAUGGCCAAGUCAAAGAACCACACCGCCCACAACCAGAACAAGAAGGCGCACCGCAACGGCAUCAAGCGCGUUCAGACCCAGCGCUACAAGUCGCUCAAGGGUGUCGACCCCAAGUUCCGCCGCAACGCCAAGUUCGCCGCCCAGGGAACUCAGAAGGCUGUCGCCGCUGCCAAGGCUUCCGCUUAA